GCAAUGGAGAACCCAGUCCUGGAACCCAGAUCGGAGCGGAUCGCUCGCUAUAAGGCUGAGAGGAGGCGAGAGCUGGCUGAGCGUUAUGGUAACGUGGAGGAACUGCCUUCAAAGUGGGUGAGGAGGGAUGGGAAGGAGGUGCAUGACCCGGCAUCCCAGGCCCGUAGGGAAAUGUCGAACUCAGAUGGCCCGAGAGCCAAUGGCAGGACGCGAGGGGUCACAAAUGGAUUAAAGGCAGAGACGCCUACAGAGUCCAGCUACCUGGGAAGGCAGGGUUUCCACGACUCUGCCAGCAUGCUGAGUGGGGAGGGGGACCACUGUCCUGAUGGGCCGGAUGUCCCGCAGCUCCACACUCGGGUGUCGGUAGGCCAGUUGAGAAGUGCCCUCCUGCAGCAGACGGGGAGCGGAGCGCAGCCCGAGAAAGUCUGCCCUGAUGCCGGGCGAGCCACGACCUCCCUGGACCUGGCUGUGAACCCGGGCUCUGAGGGAGGCCGUCGACGCACCCGCCGCUACCUCCCUGGUGGCGGGCCUGGUGGUGGUCGCAAGACCAGCGAGCGCUUCAGGACACAGCCAAUCACAGCCAAUGAGAUGGAGGAGAGCAGCGGGCUGGUGGAUGCAGAGGAAGAGGAGCCCUCUGAUGUGAAGACGGACGACAGAGCCAAAAUGAGUGUGGCCGCCAAGAUGUCUUUGUUUAAAGAGCUGGAGAAGUCUGCAGCCCCCGAGGCCCCGGCCCUCCUGAAGCCUCGAUCGGGCAGCGUCUGCCACGAACGCAGGGUGCGGCGUGGUAACGACCAUCGCUUCCUCACUCAGCCAAUCACCUGCGAGGAGAUGGUGGCUAUCAGCGCCCCAAAACCAGCUCCUCCAGUGGAGUCCCAGUCUGUUCAGGCCGAGCCAGUGGAAGACGUCGACGAGAGCUGCAGGCUGAGUGUGAGCGAGAAGCUGGCGCUCUUCACCAAACUGUCUCUGCCGGAGAGGAAGGGGUCCAGUCCACCUGACGGGCCCCCGGAGAGGAGAAGGCAGAAGGGAGCUCGGUACCGAACUCAGCCCAUCACCGUGGAGGAGGUGAGCCUGCUCCAGAAAGGCCCCGUACAGCUCCCUGCCUUCUGUUUGUCCCCUCAUCUGUCCGACAGACAGCAGGCCUCGUCUGUCAACCUAAAGCCCAGCGAGGUUUGUCUCUCCCAGCCAAGACUGGACGCCGAGCCCAGUCCAGGCCAGCAGGGCCUGCAGCGUUCCGACUCUGAGCCCGGCUUGAGAGGAAUCCUGAAGAAGAGCCGCUCCGCAGGCUCUGAGUGGAGCGGGAUGGAGGAUGCUCUGACGGAUGCGCCCUACAGCCACGAACAGAACGGAGGAGGCUGUGGAGAAGCAGUGAUACAGGGGAGGGUUGAGGGUGCAGAGAGGCAAGAACCUGUUGCACCACCACGAAGAGUGAGACGUGAGGCUUCAGGUGUGGAUGGAGGCUCGCUCGCUGCUACUCCCUGGAGGCAGAGGGCUCGGAACAGGAGGGAAACCAUUGCCUGCACACCAAUAAGAGUCUCAUCAGAGCAGGAAGCUCCUCGGGAGGAGAAGCCCUGUCAGACCAGGCUGCAGGAGCAGUCAGUGUCCUCUGUAAAAUGCAGCUCAGACACCACCAAGAAAGUCCUAAUCAAUGAAGGAUCCCCAGUGGCGGGACACGUCCAGGUUACGCUGGUGGAUGGAGCCUCGACAAUGCAGGAAAGGACCAAAACCAGCAGGAGUGAGGAGGAAAUAGAAAACCUCCCUUGUGAAAGUGUCACCCCUCAGAUCUGGGAACCUGUGUUCGCCUCUGUCUAUUCUAGCUCUACGCCCCAAUAUAUCAUGUGUUUCAAUCAGACAAAUCAAUCCUUCGAGGCCCAAGAAGUCUCCUCUCCCACCAAGAACCCAAUUCAGCCUCAGUGGAGACAGAAGGGGAAGGAUGAGGUGGAGGAUGAACCGCUUCAGACAGACAAAACAGAGGAUGCGAACGCACAGCAGGACACUAAAGAGGAGCAGGAUACUGGACACAUGGUCAAGAGAGGCCUCAGAUCUCCAGAAUCCGACUCAAACGAGAACUGUCACAUCAAGAGACACUCAACUGAGGAAGAGAUCUCAAAGCUGCCUGUGAUGGAGCCUGAAGCUCUGCAGAGCUCCCCACCCUCAGCCUCUCCGCAGGAACAGAAUGAGGAGACGCCUGUGGAUGAAUCCGGUGCAUUUAAUGGAGGCAACCUGCCGCCUACCUCUGCAUGCGCCCCCCCACCCCGUGGAGACGUCGCUGCCACAGAGAGUGAGCAGGACCUGGAUGUCCUCUGCCAGACCAACACUCACAUACUGACCUCAGCAGUAGCAGAGCACAGGCGGUCGGUGCGUCCAUCCCGUCGGACUCAGGGCUCCAGAAACCCUCUGAGGGCCCUCGCUGCCAGAGAGGACGUCAGCCAGGACUACAUGGGAGAGAGAGUUAACGCAGCUGCUGAGGAAAGGAUCCAAGCAGAGAAGAAGUCUAAGAACUCCUCUGUGCCCAGAUCCUUCUUCUUUUUAUCAGAGGACUUCAUCGUUUCCUCAGAUGCUGCCAAGUCUUGUCCCCCCUCCAGCGGCCUGAUGCUCAUUCACAUUAAAGGUAGGUGGCGUGUCCAGGUGCGCCUGGUGGAGCCCUCGGCACGGUCGCUGAACAGUGGAGACUGCUUCCUGCUGGUCACGCCGGAGAGCUGUGUUCUGUGGACUGGAGAGUUUGCCAAUGAGCAGGAGAAAGCCAAGGCCACGGAGCUAGCGUCAUCCAUCCAGAGCCAGAGAGACCUCGGCUGUGAGGCCUCUCAGGUCGUCCACCUGGAGGAGGGGCUGAACUCUGACAGCAGCGAGGCGUCACACUUCUGGGACCUGCUCGGAGGAAGGACGCAAUACAAAGGAGCUGGAGAACCAGAGAAGGACGAGCUCUAUGAGUGUGGCGUGGUGGAAUCGAACUGUGUGUACAGGCUCGUGGAGAACCGACUGGUGCCUCAUGAACAAGCCUGGGCCUCCAUCCCCACCAUCUCCCUGCUGGGCUCCACCGAGGCCCUGGUGUUUGAUUUCGGCAGCGAGGUGUACCUGUGGCACGGACGCGAUGUUUCCCCGAGCUGGAGAAACGUUGCUCUCCAGCUGGCUCAGCAGGUGUGGGUCGGACCUUAUGACUACAGCAACUGUCGAAUCAACCCACUGGAUCCCACGCAGAGUAACCCCACCAUAGAGCUGAGGGGAGAGGGUCGUCCCGGCUGGGCGCUGUUCGGUGUCCUCUCAGAGAACAACGAGACGGUUCUGUUCAGAGAGAAGUUUAAGGACUGGACGGGCGGAGACAAGGUGGAACCAGCCUCAGUGAACCUGGAGACACAGUCCAUCCCAGUUCAAGCGCCCCAGUCCGUCUCCCAGCCCUCAAACCUCCUGAGCCCCUGCGAUGCUAAGGCUCUCGUGUCGGGCCAAACGUUGGACGGAGACAGUUUGGUCCAUAACGUCCUGGGUGGGGUCGAUGUCCAGAGAGGUUACGGCGUCAUCACACUGGAGGAAGGACGUGAGAUGGAGCUGAGGACGGUGGCAGUUGACACCUGGCACGUGCAGGAGUUCGAUGACAGUGAGGUUCCAGUGGAGAGCACGGGGCAGCUUCACCAGGGAGACUCCUACGUCAUCCGCUGGACGUACAGCAUCAGUGCUGCUGAUAAGACGAACAGUUUGGAUGAAUGCAGCAGAGCCUCUGGACACAAAGACAACACAGCCUUCUUCCUGUGGCGGGGUCGUCACUCCAGCGUCAGCGGACGUGACACUGCUGCUUUCCUUUCAAUUGGGACGAACAACCUGGAAGAAUCGCAGGUGCUUGUACCUCAGGGAGAGGAACCUCCCUGCUUCCUGCAGCUUUUCCAGGGAGGCCUGGUCAUUCACAAGGGCAAACGAGAGGAGGCCUCCACUGAGGCAGAGUGCCGUCUGUUCUGCGUGCGAGGGGAGCUCCCGGAGGAGGGAUCUCUGCUCGAGGUGGACUGCUGCUGUGCAGGUCUGCGCUCAAGGGGAUCUGUUGUCCUGCUGAACAGCCAGCAGGGGGUGCUGUACCUCUGGACUGGUUGUAAAGCGCAGGCCAGCACCAGGGAGGUCAGCAAGAGGGCAGUGGAGAGUCUCACUCAAAUGUGCCCACCAGAGCUGGGUCUCAACAAAAGCUGCCCUGUGAAGGUGCAGGUAAUAGAGGAGGGUUCGGAGCCUGCAGAUUUCUGGACAGCACUGGGACAGAUGGACAGGAAGGCGUAUGACUGCAUGCUGCAAGAUCCAGGAAAGUAUAACUUCACACCUCGUCUUUUCACUCUGAGCACCUCCUCCGGGAGCUUUCGGGGUGAAGAGCUGCAGAGUCCAAGCCGGCUGCCGGGGCUGCUGAUGGCGAUGCCCUUUGUCCAGGAGAGUCUGUACUCUGCUCCACAGCCAGCCUUGUUCUUGCUCGACAAUCGUCUGGAGGUGUACCUCUGGCAGAGGGGUCAGCCGGAGCAGACGGAGAGCUCAGUCUCGGCCUGGAGCCGCUGGCAAGAUGAGAGGAAGUGUGCCAUGCAGACGGCGCUGCAGUACUGCAAAGAGUUGAACCCGAGACGCCCACCUCAGGCUUACCUCAUCCUCGAGGGGUCGGAACCUCUCACCUUCACUAAUGUCUUCCCCCACUGGGGGAGGAGCCUGGGACCCUCCACACAGGGCGACUCAGGGAGGGUAAAGCUGACCGUGGUGCAGGACGCCCUGGCCCAGCUCAUGAAGACCCAGUACCCUCUGGAGGAGCUGCUGCGGAGCCCCUUACCUGAAGGAGUGGACGCCCAGCAGCUGGAGGUCUACCUGUCCGACCAGGACUUCCAGACUAUUUUGGAAAUGAAGAGAGAUGAAUAUGCCUCCCUCCCGAGCUGGCAGCAAAUAGAUUUGAAGAAAAGCAAAGGGCUUCUAUGCUAGAACAGUGUGCACAUGUGGAGGCUGACUGACGCUCCUGCAGCACGGACUUCCUCCUCCACUGAGAAGGGAGGAAAGCAGGAGGAUAUUGCCACCGUGUUGUUGCACAAAGGACUUCUCACAACGUAAUAAAAAGAAGAAAAAAAUUCACCUUUAUUUAUGUCAAAAAUUAGUAUGGUGUGUGUGGACUUUUUAUCGGACAUGGAUUUCUCUGUAGCUUUUGUCCAGAGCAAAAAAACAACACAAACAAAACAAAAUCUCCUAUGAAACUUCAUUCUAUCUGUACAAAUCAAUGAAAGAUAAAAAGAAAAAGGCUGCGUGAGCAUCAGUAACAAACUGUGGAAAUAAGGCUGAGAAAAUAAAG